AUGGCUCCGCACUACAACUUCUUUGGCACUGGCUUUAAGCUACGGGCUGCCAUUACCGUAGCGUGCCAGUGUGCUUUCGUGUUAUUCGGAUAUGAUCAAGGUGUGUUUAGUGGGAUCGUUGGAAACGAAGAUUUUCUUAACCAGUUUGGACAUCCGAAUCCGAGCCUUGAGGGGAUCAUAGUAUCUAUUUACAAUCUCGGAGCGUUCUCGGGAUGUAUUCUUGCUUUCAUGGUCUGUGACAAAACUGGCCGGAGACUGGCGAUGUGGAUAGCUAUGGCAUUCAUCAUUGUCGGUGCGGUUUUGCAAGCCUCAGCGUUCACUGUACCGCACCUAAUGAUAGCACGGUACAUCACUGGUAUUGAGACAUCUACUGUUCCAAUGUAUCAAUCUGAGCUCUGCGAAGCAUCGAAAAGAGGUAGACUCGUAUCAAGUGAGCCGCUAUGUGUCGGAGCUGGUAUCGAGAUAGCGUAUUGGUUUGACUAUGGCAUGUCAUUCACGAGUGGUUCAAUAGCUUGGCGCCUACCAAUUGCGUGCCAAAUUCUAUUUGCCUUCCUGGUCAUAAUCCUUGUUUUUGGCUUGCCAGAGAGUCCACGAUGGCUUCAUAAACAUGGACGUCACGAGGAGGCAUUGAAGGUGCUCUGCGAGGUUUAUGAUAGAAAACCAGACCACCCCAAGAUCGUCAAGGAAGAGAAGGAUGUUUUAGAGGCACUCGCUGUUGAACAGGAGCACGGGGAGUACCGCUGGUCACAACUACUUAAGAAAGAUGAGGUGCAAACUGGGCGAAGGGUCUUGCUAGCAUAUGGCAUGCAGUUCAUGAACCAGAUGGGUGGUAUCAAUUUGGUCGUAUAUUAUAUAACGUCUGUCUUACAAUUCAACGUAGGACUUGACAGGAAUCUAUCACUCCUGAUCGGCGGAGUGAUCAACGCCAUGUUCUUCUUCGGGUCUCUGUUUCCCACCUUCUUCCUAGACAAGUAUGGUCGACGAAAGCCGAUGAUGUGGGGAUCUUUUGGACUCGGUAUAUCCAUGAUGCUAGUUGCUAUUCUUCUCAGUUUCCAAGACAGAGGAGGCAUGGUAGCAAAGAAUACGGCCAGUGCGAGCGUAACCUUCUUUUUUACUUACAUGCUUAUCUUCGGCGCAACGGCAAACUGUAUUCCUUGGGUAUACGUACCAGAGAUACUACCGCUACAUGUCAGAGCUAAGGGCACCGCCGUCGGUGUUUCCUCAAACUGGUUAUGGAACUUCUUCGUCGUUAUGAUCACCCCUACUCUAAUCAAUAACCUGAUGUGGAAGGGUUACCUCAUAUUCAUGGCUUUGAACUUUGCAUUCAUACCGCUAGUUUACUUUUGCUAUCCUGAAACAAGCAACCUCACUCUGGAAGAGAUUGACUGGCUUUUUCUGGAGCCCGGCGCUGUCAAAAGAAGCAGGCACGUUUCUAAACAUGGCUGGGGUGGUGAAUCGGGAUGGGAAAGGCGGAGAAGCUCACUUGCGGCUGUUGUGCCCAAUCAAGAAGGGAAAGAGGACGCACCCGGUGCUUCGCAGAUCGAAAACGGGGGUUCUGAAAAGGUGACGGGUUCCGGUGUGUAA